AAUGGAGUCAACACAGGGACUAAACACUUUGGUUUUAACAGAAUUUGGAUUAAUUUAAUUUCAGUAGAAAAGUGGUGAAAAUGAUAUUCUUUAUUUUACUCACAUUGACUGCAUUCUUUGUGUCUGUUAACCAUCAUCUAACAACAACAUAAGUGCCAAAACUCAUAACUACCGCUACAUCAACAACUCCACAGUUACUGCUUUUAAAUAAAGAUACAUUCAGCAUAACAUCUUGUUUCUUGGUCUUCUCCUGGACUGAAGCACAGACUCUACUCUUCAGCACAAUGGUGUUUUCAGUGAUGGUACAGACAAAGUGACCAUGAUGGAGGGAGAUUCAGUCACUCUACAGACUGGAGUUAAAACAAUCCACCUGGAAGAUAUUAAAUGGUAUUGUAAUAGCAUCCGUAUUGCUCAAAUCAAUGGAGAUCAGAGUUUUAUCUGUACAGAUGUUCAGUGUAAUAAAGGCACUGAGAGAUUCAGAGACAGACUGAAGCUGGAUCAUCAGACUGGAUCUCUGACCAUCACAGACACCAAAACCACCGACUCUGGAGUUUAUGAACUAAAGAUCAUUAAUAACAGCAACAUCAGUGAAAGGAUCUUCAGUGUUACUGUUCUUGGUGUUUCUGCAUCUGAAAAAGAUAAAAUGAAGAGAAAGUCAGUGAAGGAGGGAGAAUCUGUCACUUUAGAUCCUGGUGUAAUAAAAAACCCAAAUGAUGUAAUGACAUGGUAUUUUAAUGACACUUUCAUCGCUGAAAUCACUGGAGAUCAGAGUAAGAUCUGUACAGAUGAUCAGUGUGAAGAAAGAUUCAGAGACAGACUGAAGCUGGAUCAUCAGACUGGAUCUCUGAUCAUCACAGACACCAGAACCACAGACUCUGGACUUUAUAAACUACAGAUCAGCAGCAGCAUCCGACGUCAUCGCCGCAGCAUCAGCAUCACCAGUUGGAAAACAUUUAUUGUUACUGUCUUUGAUUUUGCUCUGUCUUCAGCUGCUGUCGCAGGAAUAUGUAUUUGUGUUCUGCUGCUUGUUGCUGCAGCCGCUGCUGUGAUUUACUACGGCAGGCAUCAAACAAAAAGCAAAGACAGCAGGCGGCAGUGCAGUGAUCAGAAGACUCAUUUAAAAGACUCGUCCCCUAACCCGUCUGACUCUGCAUUGAUGGCUACUGCUAAUGAGACAUCACCUGAUGGGAAUGAGAGGUUGCUAAUCAGACACUAAUGUAAUUAUUUAGACUUUAACUGAAAGGGCCAAUGAAAAAAAGGAAGACCCAUGAGAAGAGAAUCAGCAGAAACUUUUAUGGCUCUCAGAGAAAGAUUUCAGUAUAUGGUAUCAACGGCAGUCAAAUUUCACCUCAACAUCUCAGCAAAAACUGAAUUAUUAUAAAUAAAAACGAAAACAUAUAUAGUUAAUUAAACAGCAAGUCAGUCAUAAAAUGAGGAACAAAGCAACUUUUGACCAGCAAAAGAACAAAGAGCUCUUGAUAAUUAUUAUUAUUAUUAUUAUUAUUAUUUGUUUUUUUCUAUUUCUUGUCAUUUCCACUAUACCGCCUAUUAAUGCACAGCUGGUUUGACAAAUCAAUGACUGUGUUAAACUUUACUUAAUGUAAACACAAUACUUCAAUCAAACUGAUACAAUUAAGCUGAUAAAUGUAGUAACAAUAAUAGCAGGAAUAUAUGUGGCAUAUGUUGAUUUUAAACAGAAUAAACACUAACACUUCACUCUGACCACGGUGUGCAUGUGUUACUGACCUACACAUGGAUGACGUGGUCACAUGCCGAUUCAUAAACAUGAUGGUAAGGCCCUGUCCCAAAUGGUACACAUUUUAUGCACUUACGGUCUUGUGGACUUACAAUUACUGCAGUAUAUUGAAUUUUUUGGUGCAUUUAAAAAAAAAUUAAUUAAUUAAUAAAUAAAUGCGUCCCUAGAAACACUGCAUCCAAAUUGAGACAUUCUUGGCAGCCUUUAGCCACUGCCUUAAAUGUGCUGGAUCCUUCACUAAAAAUUGAAAAUAAUGAAUGAAUGAAAAACAAUGAAUCAUUUUAGCAGUCAUUUUUAUAUCUCAUAAUCUUUUUAAAAGUUAUUUUGUAUCUUGUAGUCUUAAUGAGUUUGCUUGAAUUUUGCAAAAAUGAAUCAUAAAGAAAUUCUAAAUUUGUUCUUACCUGAAAAUGUGAAAAUAAAUCAUUUGUGAAAUUU